AUGAGGACAUAUCUCCAGGCACACGAUUUGUGGAAUGUAGUAGAGAAUGAUACUGAACCAUCUCCAUUGAGGGCCAAUCCCACUAUUGCUCAAAUCAGGCAGCAUAGUGAAAAGAGUACCAAGAAGCAUAAAGCAUUGGCUUGCUUACAGAAUGGGGUGUCUGAAGUUAUCUUUACCAAGAUAAUGGCCUGUAACUCGCCUAAGCAAGCACGGGAGAAGUUAAAGGAGGAGUUCAUGGGUUCAGACAAAACAAGGCAGCAACAAUUGAUUAAUCUCAGGAGAGAUUUUGAAAACUUGAAGAUGAAAGAGUCUGAGACUAUAAGGCAAUACUCAGAUAGGAUCAUGGCCACUGUCAACAGUAUAAAGCUCCUUGGAGAAGACUUCAGAGAGAGCAGAGUUGUUGAGAAGGUCGUAACCACUCUACCUGAAAACAAAGGAGGGCCAAUAGGCAAGAAGAGCAUCUUGAAGGAGCUUUCCAAGGAAAGGAAAAAGAAGGCUCAAGUUCAAGUCAGAAAAGGAAGAAACAUUGGCUCGAUAAAAGGGAGAAACCAAGAAGGGAUGGAGGCAGGAAAAGAUUUCCACUAUGCAUUCACUGCAAAAGGAGUACACAUUUGGAGAAAUACUGUUGGUAUAGACCAGACAUCUAGUGCAGAAGCUGCAAACAAUUUAGUCAUGUUGAGAAGGUGUGUAAGAACAAAGGAAGGGACAAGAAUUGACAAUGGGGACCUAAUUGAAGUGAAAGGUAAAGACAAUGUGGUGAUCAACACUUGUUUAGAUAAUAAAGUGAUUUCUGAUGUACUUUAUGUACCUGAUAUAGAUCAGAAUCUACUUAGUGUUGGACAGCUAGUAAAAAAAGGGUACUCACUGGUUUUUAAGAAUGGCUUUUGUAUUGUUGAAGACACAUAUGGUCAGGAACUGGUCACAGUAGCAAUGACUGAUAGGAGUUUUAUGCUUGAUUUGAACCAACUUGAAAAGAAGGCUUACACUAGCCUUGUUGAUAAUAAUAGUCUUUGGCAUAGGAGACUAGGCCAUGUCAAUUUUAGAUCACUUAAUUUGCUGCACAAGCUGAAUUUAGUUGAUGACAUAUCCAAAAUUGAAGCCAAAGACACUAUUUGUGAGGUUUGCCAGCUUGGUAAGCAAACCAGGUUAACUUUUCCAGCCAACAUGGCUUGGAGAGCUCGAAACAAACUUGAAUUGGUUUAUUCUGAUGUCUGUGGGCCAAUGAAGACUCCUUCAUUGAAUGACAGCUAG